CGUGACGCCAAGGCGCACACAUGGUCGCCGUUUCCUUGGUAACAGCAUUACGUUCGCUAUUUACCAUCCACGUUCACGUUUAUUCAAACAACAUGGACAUCCAAGAACGAAAUAUCCGGAGCUGUGGAGAGAACAUCGUGGAAAUGGUUGACAUGGACGAGGAAAACUUUGCUAUUUCCAGUUCCUCAGCGGCAGACACAGCUUUUGAUGCAGUUAUUGGCUGCAUAGAGGACAUCAUUAUGGAGGAGGAGUUCCAGCAGCUUCAGCAGAGCUUCAUGGAGAAACACUACCUGGAGUUUGACGACUCUGACGAGAACAAGCUGAGCUACACGGCCAUUUUCAAUGAAUAUGUUGACCUACUAGAGAAACACCUGGAGCAGCAGCUGAUGAGGAGGAUCCCCGGCUUCAACAUGAACACCUUCAUAGAGCUGCUCAUGCAACACAAAGAGGAGGUACCGGGUGACAUCUUUGACAUGCUGCUGACGUUCACCGACUUCAUGGCCUUCAAGGAGAUGUUUCUGGAAUACAGAGCUGAGAAGGAGGGCCGAGGUCUGGAUCUGAGCCAGGGACUAGUGGUCACCUCUCUGAUCCCCACAGGCUCCAAACACACCGGCUCCACUGAGUUGCAGUGACACUCACACAGUCGAAAAGUCCAAUUCUUGAAUUGCCUCUUUCUCCACAUGUUCAUGUAAAAUUUUGCCCACAGGCCUGCAGAAGCUUGUCAGUUUGUGGUUAGUGAGUUUUUUACUCUGCUGGAUGCACACCCCGUGAAUUUACAGUAUGCAGAAAUCACAAAUCCAUACAUGUGUUCCUCUGUGUUUGCAUGUGGUGGGUGCUCAAGAGCCUCACCGUGGUUAAAGAGUGAAGACGGAUGGUUUUGCCUUCUUUCUGCUCUCCAAACAUUGCACUAGACAUAAUGACUACUUGAAAUAGUCAAAUUUCUAAACCUGGAAUUUACAGGUCAUUUACGUCACAUUCAUCCUCUUAUUGACGUAUGAUUUCAUUACGAUUCAGCAUUUAUUCAUUCUGCCUGGUUGGGGAGUAGAAACCCAAACACUGGUGCUGGUACAAGACUGGUGUUUGUGUUUUUCAGAUCAUCCUACUGGUCCACAUGUGUGUAACAUGCAUCGACAAAUCAGUAAGCAGGAGAGGAAAGCCGUUAGAAAUGAUUGAACAUAUGAUUUUGCUCUUUUAUCAUAAGGAAGGAAAAGAGCAGAACUAAUGUAUUUGUUUGACGUUACACCUGAAGUUUUAAAUUAUUUGAUUCGUUUUGAAAACUCAUUAGAGUUUUGUGCCUGUGAAAGUGAUUUUUAACGUGUGUGUGUGUGUAUAGUGAUUGUGUGUAUGUGUGUGUGAGAUCUGUAGUUGUCAGUAAAAUGUCAAAAUGUUUUCUACUUGUCUUAACAUAACAGUUUAAAUUGUAAAAGUAUAUUUAUGUCACUGGUGAAAUAUUGUUGAAGUCAAAUUUGUUAGUAAAAAGAAAUUUUCAAAUAAACAAGUAAAAGUCUCGAA